AUGACUGCUUUUCAAAUGUCUCCUUUACGUUUGGAAAGUUGCAUUCAAAAACAGAUUGGGAUGACCAAUUUUUUCUAUUUUUUGGAAAAAGCUUAAAAAAAAAAAAAAAAGAGCAGGGGAGCUUCUUUCCUUUGUGGGUUUUUACCCCUAAAGUAAGGCUAGCUCAUAAAGUUAAAUGCCCUAACCCAGCUGAGAUUUGAGAGUGUAGGUAGUAGUAGCAAACACCAUGUUAGAAGGCAAAGCUCUGAUUGAAGAUACAGAUAUGCCAGUGAAGAUGCAGAUCCAAGCCAUGGCCUGUGCUUCUCAAGCUCUUGAUGUUUAUGAUGUUUUAGACUGUAAAUCCAUUGCUGCUCACAUUAAAAAGGAAUUUGACAAGAAAUAUGGAGGUGGAUGGCAAUGUGUGGUGGGAUCAAACUUUGGGUGUUUCUUUACUCAUACUAAAGGAACAUUUAUCUAUUUCACCUUGGAGACUCUUAAUUUUCUCAUCUUCAAAGGAGCAUCUUCUCCUCCAUCUUCUCCUCGAUAGGGGUUAUUUGGCUACUCAAGGAAGGAAGAAAAUGAGGAGAUGUAGUUACUUUUAGUUAGGUCAUUCUCUUGUUCAUAACCCCCCUUUCCCUCUUUGACUUCAAUAUGUUUUCUUUUUUACUACUUCUGAAUGCAAGAUGUGGAGAUCUAGGUAAUUGAGAAAACCAAGAAGUUUACAUGAAUGAGAAGACUGCCCUGCUUAAACUGGAUUUUCUUCCUUCUCUUUUUCUGGCCACCCUGAGCUGAAGGUCUACUGGAAAUAAUUUCUUUACAUUCUCUAGGUAGAGGUGAGGACUAUGUACAUACUAUCUUUCCCAGAUCACUAAAAGCCGUGUAUGCUCCAAGAAACUGUAGUUUUUAGUUAGUCAUGUAUCCAUGAGUAGAUUAAUGGAAUGAUUGGUGUUGUUCUGCUCAA